AACCAUCCGACUGGCAGUCAGUCGAACAACUCGUCGGCAUCGAAGCGGAUCAACAUGAACAUUACCUCGACAGUUUGCUGGUGCAACAUUUGGGACAAGGACACCCUCUGGAACGUGGGCCCAGAUGUCCUGUGCCUGCGCAAUGGCAACACCAUCAAAUUCAUCAACAUGCAGACAAAAGCCGUCAGCUAUUUCAAGGCGGAGACGGCGGCCACCGGACUGAGCAUCAGCGUCUUUACUGGCCACAAUCGCUUUCCGCUGUUCGCCUUUGCCGAGGUGGUCCUGCGGCCCCAAAUCUAUGUCUACCGCUAUCCGGACUUCACCAAGUUCAGCGUCAUUCCCCCCGAAAUGAUUACCUACUCGGAUAUCCGAUUCUCGGAAUUUGAUACGCUGAUCGGUGUUGGCGGACACCCCCAUUUUCCGGUAGCCGUUUUCAACUACCGCACCGCCGUCCUGAUCCUGAAACAAAACACCGGGGUGUCCACUGUGCCGCGUAGCCUUGUACUGAGCUACAACACGCUGCCCAGCAUCGUGCAAUUCUACAAGCAGGAGAAGACCAUCCUGAACUAUGAAAUCUGCACCAUGGAAAAAGAGUCCUACCUGCACAAGGUAAUGAAUCUGGAAAUAAGCAACGACUUCAUCAAGUCUAUCGGCAACGAUCGCUUCCUCACCUUCGCCGAUGAUGACCACCUAUACGUGGUCAACGACUUUGGAAACAUGUUCCUUGUGGAAUUGGCCGCCUUCGCCCUGAAGCCCCAGUGGCGUCCGAUCUACGAGACAGAUCAGGUAGCGGCUCCCUAUGCCCACUCUAUCGCUGCCCACCGCGGCGGGCUGGUUAUCUCCAACACUUCACACGCCUACUUCGUGAAGAAAAAGUCGGGCUCCUUUCACCUUGAGUGGAAGCUGGAGGGCCUUCUGCAGGACGUCACCCGUUUCCUCAGCAACAUGAACGGCGAGCUGUAUGCCGAGCGUGGGCCAGGCCACAUCGACCAGGUGGUGGUGGACAAGUCCGGAGCGGUGACGCUGGAGUGCGUAGUGCCCACGGGAAUGCCGGCGAUCUCCUUCCGGGUGCUGCCCGGCCUGAAGGACGAGAGUGUGUGCGUGCUGUACAGCGACCGGCUGGCCAUGAUGGACCUGGCCAAGGGCCACACACUCAGCGAGGUGAUGGUGCCAUGGGCCUGCGUCAUGGCCAAUCACCGCAGCCAGGCCAUCGUGGCCGUUGGCACCCUAGACUCCCGCAUCGUGCUUGUCCAUUUCGAGCGGGCCGCCUUGCCGCACGUGCUCUGUGAGCUCCAGACGGCGACGCCAGCCGUGGUGGCCCUGGAGUUAAACGACAGUUGGCUGGUAUUCCAGGACCAGAGCCGCACGCUGCAGGUGGUCCAGGUCGAAAACAGGCCGCACAAGCUGACUCACUACUUCGAGAUGAGCCUGCCGGUGCUGGAGGAGGUCUUCGUGCACACAUUCCUACUGGCCGACGGCCCGCGUCUUAUGGUCUUCAUCCACCGGGACCCGAAGAUGAAACGUCCAGGCUACGCCACCGAGCUCUGGGUCCUCACCUGGGGCAAGGACCGGCGACUGCAUCGCCGCGAGUAUGUUCUGCCGAAACAAUACAACUACAUCGGUGUCCAGCCGCCGGUGGGCCGAUGGGCGCUGAUCGAGAUCGUGGCCUCCGAGUACAACACCUUAAACUUUGAUCAGUUCACGCUGAACGAGCGCGACGAGGUGCAGUGGGUGGCCUCCACUAAGUCGGAGCACUUUAGUUACAUCCUUGGCCUGGGCAUGACCAAGCAUCUGGUCACCUGGAGCCUCGGGGGCAUUCUCGUUCACUUCAAGCAGCACAAGCGGUCCAAGAAGCCGUUCAUGGUCUGCCGCUACCUCAACGUCGGAUUGCAGACCGAGUACAUCCUGCGGGUCAGAGAGUGCUUCAAUUCAAAAUACCUGAUCAUUCUGCUGGCCGACAAGAGUCUGCGGGUGACGCGGCUGCCCUCGCUGGCGGACUUUGUGCGGGACAACCAGGCCCUGCCGCUGCCCAACGAGGAGAGCGGUCCCUACUACGUCGACCAGGCGUGCCACAAGGUGGACAUGUUCAUGCCGCUGAGCAUGCGGCAGGAGGUGAAGGAGGAGUACACUCCCGCGGAAUUGCUCAAGCAGCAAAAGCUGUUCAAGAUGAUUGAGCAGUUCUCCGCCAAGGUGACGGAGCUGAUCGACUACGACAUCUCCAAGACCGGCAAGACAAAGGGCAUCUUCAAAAAGUUCUGCUUCCACUACAGCUGGCUAGACCGGCUCACCGAGGAGGCGCACAAGCUGUGCGCCCUGGAGCGCGCCUCGCUGGAGGAGGCCAUUGCGGACCAGGCGCGUAUUCGCGACUGGAUCAUGCGCCUAGUGACCCGCGACGCGGUCAGCAUCAACUACCGGGUGCGCUCCAUCUUUGCCGACGCCAAUUUCGAGAGCUUUGCCUUUCGGCGCAAGCUGGAGAUGACCGAGUUCGAUCUCUAUCGCUUCUACGACCUGGAGGACCAUAUACGCCUCUCUCAGGUCUCGAUGGACGAGGAGGAGUUCCAGCCGCCUGCAGGCCAGGUUCAGAGCCACGGCCCUCCUCCGGGGGUGGAGGACAUGGAGCUGGGCGAGGAGGAGGAAGCGGAUGAGGGCCCCCAGGGCUUGAAAGAGCUCAAGCAGUUCGUGGUGCAGGGGAGCAGCGUGUACGAGCACAUCAUGGCGCCCGUCUUCCAGCUGCAGGACAAGAACAUGGUGACCUCCAACCAGGUGUUUAACUACAACUGCAAGAUCCGCUACUACCUGAGCGACCCGCUCAAGCAAGAGUUCAACAAGUACUUCCACGAGGCCCAGCAGCUCAAGCAGGCCACUAUUGACAACGUGCUCAACACGAACGUGGUGCUCUACAAGAUCUACGACAACAUGAACAUCAUGCUGCGACUGCUCAACAUGGAGCAGUUUACGAAGCCUGAUCUCACUGUGCCAGCGCUGGAGCAGGACGAGAUGAUUAAGCGGAUCAUGGAGGUGGACGACUCAGAAAUCAAGGCGAUCAAUCGACGCAAGCCCAAGACCAUCGAUACCGGCGGCAAGAAGGGUCGCCUUCUCCUCUGGAGCAAAGAGUUCUGGUCGCGGGCCCUCAUCGUGAUGAUGGAUGGCGUGCUGGAGAAGCUCUGGGAGGAGGAGAUCAAGAAGAACAUACCGGAGCCGGAGUUCAUGGCAAAGAAGCAGCCGCACGAGUACAAUCUCGAGGAGCAGAAGAUAUUCCGCGCCUACGAGGAGGCGGUGCGUCUGCUGGAGUUGGACCGCCGCAAGUACCUCCGCAUCCUGCACGAAAACGAGGAGAAGACGCUGGCUCUCAAGUCCUCCCAGAUCCUAAAGUUGAACCAGCGCGUGGCCGAGUUAAUGAUCAUGAAGCUCAAGUACGACUUCGCGCUCAAGCAGAGCCAGCUGCGCCUGCUCACGCUGGAGAAGACCAACUUCAGCCGCGUGCAGCUGCGCAAGCGGAUCGGGCUGUUCAGCCGUGAUGUGGGAAAAUUAAACGAAUUAAUCAUUCGCAUUGGUCAGCUCUCCGACUUCUGGGAGAAAUCCGUGGCGGAUGUAAAGGCCCGGUUGGAGGCCCAGCAGACCCGUGACCGCGCCGUAGAGCGGCACUUCCGCAGCAACUUUCUACCGACGGUGCCGCACGCCACCCACGAGAUGACCAAGCUGUUUAAGAAGCGGCCCAAGCUUCCGCCCAAGGUCUUCAACUCGGUGCUCAUCUGCAUGGAGGCCUCCAAUAAGCUGAGCGGCAAGCCCAGCCAGCGCACCCCGUUUCCGUUGCCCACCGACGUCCAGGACUUCCUCAACCACCUCGCCGAAUUCGACCAGCCUAAACAGUGUCCGCCGCAGGUGGACUCAAAGACCUGGGACACCUUCGUCAAGCUCCGUCGCCAGAAGCUGGAGAACGAGAUGAGGCUGAAGGGCAUCGGCUACCAGCUGCUGGACAGUCAGACCUUCUACAGCCUCCUCCAAAAGAGCAUUGCGGCGCUGCGCGAGUCCAAGGAGGAGACGCAGCGUAGCUGGCAGGAGAGCAUCCAGCAUUACCUGGAGGGAAUGCGGAAUAUGACGCUCCAGGUGACCCUUUCGAUGGGCCAGGUGGAGGUCAGUGUGAUGGGCGAGUUCACAAACCUGUCCAACACGGUUCUCAUGCACGUGGACGACAUCAACGAUGUGAAUCGGCAGAUACAGGAAGCCGGAAACAUGAAGAUCAAAGCCAUGGAGCGUGUGGCCAUUUUCCGGCGCCAGGUGAUCUUUAAGGAGUGGGAGCACAAGCUGUACAAGGCCAACAUAGCAUAUUUGAAGUACAUGCUGGAUGCCAUCGAGCGGUGCAAGGUCUCGCUGGAGUUUCUCACCAUCCUGCGGAACUGGGACAAAAUCAAGACAGAUCGCCAAAAGUUCAUAGCCACGGCCAUCGAACGGGUCAUCGAACAGAAGAUCGCCGCUUUCAGGAAGCACAUCGAACGCAUAAACCUCAAAAUCGACACGGUGAAGGCCCAGACCCUGGAGGUGAAGCAGAAUAGCCACGCCAUAGACCUCAAGAUAGAGCGGAUCAAGGUGGACGUCACACUCCAGAAUUCCUUCCGCGACACCAUGAUGGAGGAGAAGCGGGAUCGCGAGCAGCGCGAACGAAUGUUGCAAAUAAAGACCCAUCGGCAGCUGAUGGACAACGUGCGCCGUCACUACGCCCAUGUACUGGAGCUGCAGACGAUCUUGGAGCUGCUGCGCUUGCGAACCUACCCCACGCUGGGCCCGCCUUUGCCCCAAUGCCACCCGCCGGUGCCGGAGCACAUCCUCGGCUCGGUGCACUAAGAAAGUUACCAAAAACUCUCCGCCAGCUCACGCUACUUGACGAAAUUGCAAUUAAAUAUUUUCAUAGCGCCAAAUGAAAA